AUGGAAGAGAAGGCCCCUGCAGCUGAGAACAUCUUGCGCCAACUGGAUCUGUUGAAGAAACUACACCUCUCAGAUAUUGAGGUUCAAAUUCUUGAUAUUCUAGCCUACGACGUUCGAGCGACCAGUUGGGAGACCGCUUCAGAGGCUGCAUUCUACUUGGACGCUCUGUGCCCUCCUCUAGAACAGCGCAAAGAGGCAGAAGGCUACUUCUAUGUCAUUUGGAGCCUCGUAACAGAUAUUGCAGCCAGUCAUGACGUGACAAAAGAGACGCAAACUCAUCUCGUCAACACCCUGUCAGCAUUGCAACAAUGUGCAAAAGGUGGAAUCGACAUCUGGGGUAACGAAGAAGACAGACAACGCGUUUGGAAAGAUCUGCCAUUGUUUUACAUGGCCGUUGAGGCUUCUUUUAGUGACCCAACUCAAGAAGCGACAACAGAGAGCUUCACCUCCAAAGACGCACAAGAAUGGCGCAACAUCAACAGAUUCGGCGCUAUAUUACUGAGAAUGGGCGUCUUGGGCCUUCACACGCAAGCAAUGGACGCAUUGCGUUCGGCGCUUGAGGAGGAGCCGAGCCCCAUCCCGGCGGUUGCAGAGUGCCGGCUGCGCGUCGCCUGUGAAUGGAUCCGUCAGAGCGCGAGGCCUCUCCUCGGGUGGGCGCGGGAGAACGCUGGCUAUUCCGAGAUGCCAGAGUAUGAGAGGGACUUGACGGAGGAAGCGAUAGCAUAUCAGGGGGUUCUGUACGAGGGUCCGCCCAUCAUGUGUCUCCAGCGGUGGGGAUUCUGGAUGGAUCGGCUCGAGUGGCUUGCGAAAAGCGAGGAUUCUGAGCUGGUUGAGGAGGCGAGGACGGAGGUGCUUGAGGCGUUUUGGGUUAUGAAGGAGGUUGAAGGGCGGAUAGGACAUGCCCUGUGA